ACCAGUCACAGAGGAGGGAGAGGAGAAGAGGACUGUAGAGGACUGUAGUUUCAACCGUGGUCAUGAAGAAGUCAAUAUGCCAUCUCAUAGUGACCAUCGCUUCAUUAUAGACUGGGAUAGUGGGGAUGUUGAGAGAGACAACACCACGAGGACUGUCGUUAAAGCCCCUGUUGGUGGGGGAAAAAGACAGGACAGAGAUACAAACCAAAACACCAGACCAGGAGAAGUCAACUUCCUGUCUGAUUCAGACAAGGAGACCAAACCUAACCCAGUCUCAGACCACCAGACCAAAGGUACUGUCCCUGUCAAACUGAUCCCAGACCAGUUCACAGACACUCCUGUCAUAGUGGCUGACACUCACCCCGUUCAGGUCCAUAUCGAAGCCUCUGUACAGGAUUCAGAAUACAAGGCGGUUGAGCCGUCCUCGAUUUAUGACUUGGUCAAAGCCAGCAACAUGAGUGGAACUCAGGAGAGUCCUGGUCCCAAUGACGACACUGAUCCUGAGCCUCGUGUGGUCCAGAAGGCCUUCAGUACAACAACAACAACCACCACAGAAAGCCCCACAGCAGCACAACUAGCUGACCCAGAGAGAGAGGUCACAGAAAGCCCCACGGCAGCACAACUAGCUGACCCAGAGAGAGAGGUCACAGAAAGCCCCACAGCAGCACAACUAGCUGACCCAGAGAGAGAGGUCACAGAAAGCCCCACGGCAGCACAACUAGCUGACCCAGAGAGAGAGGUCACAGAAAGCCCCACGGCAGCACAACUAGCUGACCCAGAGAGAGAGGUCACAGAAAGCCCCACGGCAGCACAACUAGCUGACCCAGAGAGAGAGGUCACAGAAAGCCCCACGGCAGCACAACUAGCUGACCCAGAGGUCACAGAAAGCCCCACAGCAGCACAACUAGCUGACCCAGAGAGAGAGGUCACAGAAAGCCCCACGGCAGCACAACUAGCUGACCCAGAGAGAGAGGUCACAGAAAGCCCCACGGCAGCACAACUAGCUGACCCAGAGAGAGAGGUCACAGAAAGCCCCACGGCAGCACAACUAGCUGACCCAGAGAGAGAGGUCACAGAAAGCCCCACGGCAGCACAACUAGCUGACCCAGAGGUCACAGAAAGCCCCACAGCAGCACAACUAGCUGACCCAGAGAGAGAGGUCACAGAAAGCCCCACGGCAGCACAACUAGCUGACCCAGAGAGAGAGGUCACAGAAAGCCCCACGGCAGCACAACUAGCUGACCCAGAGAGAGAGGUCACAGAAAGCCCCACAGCAGCACAACUAGCUGACCCAGAGAGAGAGGUCACAGAAAGCCCCACGGCAGCACAACUAGCUGACCCAGAGAGAGAGGUCACAGAAAGCCCCACAGCAGCACAACUAGCUGACCCAGAGAGAGAGGUCACAGAAAGCCCCACAGCAGCACAACUAGCUGACCCAGAGAGAGAGGUCACAGAAAGCCCCACAGCAGCACAACUAGCUGACCCAGAGGUCACAGAAAGCCCCACAGCAGCACAACUAGCUGACCCAGAGGUCACAGAAAGCCCCACGGCAGCACAACUAGCUGACCCAGAGGUCACAGAAAGCCCCACAGCAGCACAACUAGCUGACCCAGAGGUCACAGAAAGCCCCACGGCAGCACAACUAGCUGACCCAGAGGUCACAGAAAGCCCCACAGCAGCACAACUAGCUGACCCAGAGGUCACAGAAAGCCCCACAGCAGCACAACUAGCUGACCCAGAGGUCACAGAAAGCCCCACAGCAGCACAACUAGCUGACCCAGAGGUCACAGAAAGCCCCACAGCAGCACAACUAGCUGACCCAGAGGUCACAGAAAGCCCCACAGCAGCACAACUAGCUGACCCAGAGGUCACAGAGGAGGAUAUUGAGGCCUUGAACAAGAAGAAAGAGAAGAGGAUGAAAGACAGGAAACAAAAGCAGAAGAAAAAGAAGGAAAAACAGACUGGUCCAGAACAGACUGGUCCAGAACAGACUGGUCCAGAACAGACUGGUCCAGAACAGACUGGUCCAGAACAGACUGGUCCUACCCAGAACAGAUUGGUCCAGAACAGACUGGUUCAGAACAGACUGGUCCAGAACAGACUGGUCCUACCCCAGAACAGAUUGGUCCAGAACAGACUGGUUCAGAACAGACUGGUCCAGAACAGACUGGUCCUACCCCAGAACAGAUUGGUCCAGAACAGACUGGUCCAGAACAGACUGGUCCAGAACAGAUUGGUCCAGAACAGACUGGUCCAGAACAGACUGGUCCAGAACAGACUGGUCCAGAACAGAUUGGUCCAGAACAGACUGGUCCAGAACAGACUGGUCCUACCCCAGAACAGACUGGUCCAGAACAGACUGGCCCAGAACAGACUGGUCCAGAACAGACUGGUCCAGAACAGACUGGUCCAGAACAGACUGGUCCUACCCCAGAACAGACUGGUCCAGAACAGAUUGGUCCAGAACAGAUUGGUCCAGAACAGACUGGUCCAGAACAGACUGGUCCAGAACAGAUUGGUCCAGAACAGACUGGUCCAGAACAGACUGGUCCAGAACAGAUUGGUCCAGAACAGACUGGUCCAGAACAGACUGGUCCAGAACAGAUUGGUCCAGAACAGAUUGGUCCAGAACAGACUGGUCCAGAACAGACUGGUCCAGAACAGACUGGUCCAGAACAGAUUGGUCCAGAACAGACUGGUCCAGAACAGAUUGGUCCAGAACAGAUUGGUCCAGAACAGACUGGUCCAGAACAGAUUGGUCCAGAACAGACUGGUCCAGAACAGACUGGUCCAGAACAGAUUGGUCCAGAACAGACUGGUCCAGAACAGACUGGUCCAGAACAGAUUGGUCCAGAACAGAUUGGUCCAGAACAGACUGGUCCUAUCCCAGAACGGACAGAGAUGUCAGUUACUGGGUCUACCACAGAACCACAGACAGAACCACAGACAGCACCACAAACAGAACCACAGACAGAACCACAGACAGAACCACAGACAGAACCACAGACAGAACCACGGACAGAGAUGUCAGUUACUGGGUCUACCACAGAACUACAGACAGAACCACAGACAGAACCACAGACAGAACCACAGACAGAGAUGUCAGUUACUGGGUCCACCACGGAACCACAGACAGGCUGGUUGGCUGCUCUCAGAUCCCUCUCUCAGUCCGACCAACAGAACACAGUACAGAGAACUCCAGAACCCAGACCUCUGGAGCCUUUGGAGCCUUUGGAGUCUCCUGUAGCAGAGUUUCACACCCUCUCUGAAGAGACAGCCACCCCUCUGGGCCAGAGAGAAGACUCAUUAGUGAAGGAAGAGGAGCUUCCAGGACAGGAGCUACCAGGACAGGAGAAGACCUUUCCUCUACCAGGACAGGAGCUUCCAGGACAGGAGAAGACCUUUCCUCUACCAGGACAGGAGAAGACCUUUCCUCUACCAGGACAGGAGCUACCAGGACAGGAGAAGACCUUUCCUCUACCAGGACAGGA